UAUUUACUAAAAUUUUCACUACUUUCUUGGCCUUUAUCAAAAUUAUACGAUAAGUUCUUAACAGAACUUAUCGCUUACACCACUCCACCACACCGCUAGUGGCGCGAACCGCUCCUGUGCGCAUGUCGAGCGACCUACACAGAAAAAGCACUAAACAGGCCAGAAUCCGAGUCCGAAUACGAAUCCGAGUCCCCAGUCCCGAGCACGACUCACCCAUACAGAGUGAUUCGGUCUCAUGUAAGGCAUAUAGAGGUCUAUAUAGACACUAUAAUACCAUUCCGACCGAUGCGGAGUUCGCGCGUUCUCGGUGGUUAGUUGAGCGUUUGGUGGCACUGCGAGCGGACGGACGGAGAGCGUUGUGGAAGCGAGGAAAAGAGGAAAAGUGGAAAAGCAGCCACUGCGACAAAGGUUAAGCAGCAAAAACAACAACAACACCAAAUACCAAUCAACAAACAAAGGGAAAACGCAUCUAAGCUGGCUGAGGAGAGAGACUCGGAAUAAGCCGAGACCAGCGGACGCACAUUGGUUUCUUUGUUACAACUCUUUUUUUGUGAACAUCGAAGCACGUAAAAAACGAUUCGAAUUAGUGCGCAAUAUUAACAACAUCAACCAGCAACAACAACAACAACAACGAACUCGAAACGUGCGCAAUAAUUUGUUUAAAAAUCAAUGAAGACUGCAACUGCGCAAAACUGAAAAAAUUGCAUCACAGAACACGAAACUAGAAAAGUCUAUGCCUGCCAGAGUGGUGAAAAUCAAUAGAACCCCGGACUAAAUUACCACCUUGGGAGCAGGAGCAGAAGGAAGAGGAACCAUAAGGAGACCAGGACUAGGACCAGGAUCAUGCCUUCCCUUUUGGAGGCGCUGGAGCGCAAAUACUUCGCCGAGUGCGAGUUCGAGAAUGCCCACCAGCCGGAACUGCACAAGCGAAGCGAUCUGCCCAAUGACUUUACGGUGACCAAGUGCGGCGGUCGCAUGGAGUUCUCCAUCUUCAUACCCCGCCUCUCGCCCCUGACCAGUGUCCCGGCUCUGCUGGUGCUCAACGACUGCGACAUCGACUCGGCUGGCGACUUUGAGAGCAUCCGGGAGAAGUGCCAGCGGGUGAGGGAACUGGAUCUGGCCCAGAACAAGCUCAGCGACUGGGCGGAGGUGUUCAGCAUACUGGAGCACAUGCCGCGCAUCGAGUUCCUCAAUCUGAGCAAGAACCAGCUGGCCAGCCCCAUCAGUGCCUUGCCCUCCACCGCUCCCACGGUGAACCUCAAGAGUCUGGUGCUGAAUGGCACUUACCUGGACUGGGCGUGCGUGGAUGCGCUGCUUCAGAACCUGCCCGUGCUCCAGGAACUGCAUCUCAGCCUGAACAACUACAAGCAGGUGCUAAUCGAUGCCGAGGAGGCGGAGCAGCGGCUGCAGGCCACAGAGACGCCGGAGGAAACGGAACGGAGAAUCACCAAAGCCCAUCCAGCCCUCAAAACACUGCAUUUCACAGGCAAUCCCGUCGAGCACUGGCAGGAGAUCUGCCGCCUGGGCCGGUUGUUUCCCAACCUGGAGGCUUUGGUCCUGGCCGACUGUCCCAUUCGAUCCUUGCAGGCCGAGGAGUGCAAGGAGGACACACACAGAUACUUCCCCAGCCUGAGGCUGCUCAAUCUCAGCUCGGCGCAGCUCAACAGCUGGAGUGCCAUCGACCAGCUGGCCAAAUUCGGGCAACUGCGCAAUCUCCGUGUUAAACACUGGCCCCUCUGGGAGAGUCUGGAGUGCACGGAGCACGAGCGGAGGCAGCUACUCAUCGCCAGGCUGCCCAAUGUGGAGAUGUUAAAUGGCGGCGGCAAGAUCAGCACCGACGAGCGGAUAGAUGCCGAGCGGGCCUUUGUGAGGUAUUAUAUGGACAAGCCCGAGGAGGAGCGACCCGAGCGCUACGAGGAGCUGCUCCAGGUCCACGGCAAGCUGGAUCCCCUGGUGAACGUCAGCCUGAAGCCAGACAAGCGUGUCAAGGUCGUCUUCACCUACAACGAUGUGAGUGAGAGCCGCUUUGUGGACAUUUACCUGACCGUCAACGACCUGAAGGCCAAGCUGGAGAAGCUGGUGGGUCUGGCGCCCAACAAGAUGCGUCUGUUCUACCUGGACCAGGACUACAAGGAGUUCGGCCCCGAGGAGAUGCGAUUCCCCAACAAGCAGCUCUACAGCUACAACCUGCAGUCCGGCGACGAGAUCAUCAUCGAUGCCAAGAAAUGAACGGGGGGGGAGUAGCCUCCUUGACAUCUUCUGAAUGGGUAAACCAUAUACCCCGCUUUGGGCGGUGCUACAACUUGUGAUCUUGUACACGAAACAUUUAUACUUAACGUACAUUUAUUUCUACUGUUAAUGCGUUUCCGUUUUGCCCUGCGAACUACUACUGUGUAAAUAUGUUCUGAGACGGCCAAGCGAGCAUUGCGCACCCACAUCGUACAUGCAUAUAUUUUAAUUACUGCCUAACCUAAGCCACACAUACACUUACUCAAAAAGAAAAAAAAAACACUCACAAAAAACCUGCGAGAAUGCAUUAAAAAAUUUUAAAAUUUA